AUGUCUUACCAUCCCCGUCGCAUUCCCGCAUCCCAACAGGACCAGCAUCACUAUUCUAUGUACGCUACUAUUCCGGCUAAUGCUUUGACACUACAGCAUCAGCCACCGUAUGGAUCUAACCCUCGUCCUAGGCAACAAACACAGCCCCAGACUCCAAUUCAACAAGGGAAUACAAGAGUCGAGCUUGUAACCGCAACACGCUGCACGGCCUGUGGAAUUGGUCUUAUCCCAUCAGAGUCGGCCCAUCGUUUUUCAAACGCCUUCUUCUGUACAACCUGCCCGCGCCCACCAACAUCAACCCAAGUCACUCUCGUCGCCGGUAUAGCACUCCCAAAGUACAAGACCUCGGUAUUGAGUGGAUGCUCGGCAUGCUGGAAGGAUUUCAAGAAAGGCCAAAUGAUAUUUCGUUGCACGAAAUGCUGGGACAUAACACUUUGUGAAAAGUGCUUGAAGAAGGCCAAGAGAUAUUGUAAGCAUGUGUCAAGUGGAGAGGUAGUCAUGAUGAGAGUUGUGGAUGGGGAUGAAGACGAGGACGAGGAUAAUGACAGUGAUGGCAAUGAUAAUGAGGACGAUGAUGAUGGGUUGGAGGAUGUUAUUGCUGAGAUUGCUAGUAUUGUCACUUGA